GACUGUGAAAGACGCUGUCAGAGACGCUGAAAGACUCUGAGAGACUUAAAAUUUUUGUCUAGGAGAAAUUCGUACAAUCCACACCUACAAACUGCACAACCCUUAUUGGAUCUGAUUCUUUUACAUAUAUACUAACCCAACGACAAUCCCCUCCGAAGGGUUUACAUUCUCACAAACGUGCACCAAACUGGUGAAAUCUCGAACACUAUAGGAGAUUCCAUAUAGAUACAUUUUUAGAACGAUUAAGUCAAAGUAUUUAAAUAUAGCCUAAUUUAGUGUCAUAACCCAAAUCCUCCACUCUUUCGGUCCUUUUUACUCUAGAAUCAUCUACUUGAAGAUAAUCCUAGAUAACAUUUUAACCACCACAGCUACCGGCAUACAACUACCAACACCGGUGGUCUGUGUUGGGUAGUUGAAGCUGCAUUACUCAUUUGUGUGCCUUUUGAUUUCAUUAAUUUUAAGAACCGAGCAAGCAUGAUGAAUGCAAAUAAUUACUUUUAGGUAUUGAUGCUCUCAUUAUGGCUAUUGAACACGAACUGGCUACUCAUUUUACUCUUUUACAAGGUGCAUUUCGAACAGUUGCAUUUAAGAAACCAACAGAGCAACUAACUGAUGCGAUUGUAUUGGUCAAAAAUCGCAAGAAAAUGCAGCCGGAAGAGUAUAAACUGUUAUCACAUUUAAUUCAUUAUACAAAACAUCUCCAAACUACAAUACAGUUAACAACAGAGGCCGAAGCGCUGUUCACCUUCAUAAAUUUAGGUGCAGUUCUAACUUCUUUGUUGAUCAUAGUUUCAAACUUUUUCACACUUUCUCAAGCACCGUUACGUAGUAGCAGAUUUUUCAGACAAAUUAUAUACAUGGGUGCAAUGGUUUACCAAUUGGGGAUUUAUACAUCAUAUGGAAAUGAAAUUACUUUAAAGAGCGGAGACGUCCUGCAAGGAAUUUAUUUUAGCGACUGGGUACCAAGGAGCCUAGAAUUUAAGAAAACCAUGCUAAUGAAUAUGGCCAGGUUGAAAAAGCCCAUAUACUUUACAAUUGGAAAAUUCUCCCCACUUACUCUGGCGACAUUUGUUUCCAUUUUAAGGGCAGCGUACUCCUUUUUUGCUGUUCUUAAAUCAAGUACUAACUAAUAAAUAAUUCGAAAUAGAACAUAAAAGUCAAAAAAAU